AUGGCUUUAUUACCGAUUCGAACACGUUAUAGUGGUCCGGCUCCAACUGAAACAUCUACUGACAAUGAAGAUAUUAUUGAUGAGGCAAUUAAAUAUUUUCGAGCAAAUAUUUUCUUUCGUAAUUAUGAUAUUAAACAUGAUGCCGAUCGAACAUUAAUUUAUUUAACAUUGUAUAUAACAGAAUGUUUAAGACGUCUUCAAAAGUGCCAAUCGCGUACUCAAGCACAAAAAGAAUUAUCAGCAUUGGCUAUAUCAACAUUUCCUAUUCCAGGUGAUUCAGAAUUUCCACUUAACGGCAUGUUUACAAAACCACCACCUGAUGAAGUUGAUAAAAUGAAACAAUAUCUUGAACAAUUACGUAAAGAAUGUAGUGAUCGUAUGGUUGACCGUGUUAUUGAUUCCGAAACAGAUAAACCAUCAAAAUGGUGGCUUUGUUUUGUUCGUCGUCGUUUUAUGGAUAAAAGUUUAUUAAAUUUAGGUACAUUAUAA